AUGGCGGAAGGUUUAAUUCCCCAAGCGGAGAAUGGGGACAACAUGGAAGAAGUGGCUAAGGAAUAUUUUGAUGAACUGUUAUCCCGAUCACUGUUUCAAACGUCGGGGAAAUCAAGUUUCGUUAUGCAUGAUCUCAUCAAUGACUUGGCUGUGUUCAUGUCUAAAGGAUUUUGUUCCAGAUGGGAAGGGAGGGAAUCACAUGAAGUAGAAAGAGUUCGACAUUUGUCAUAUGCUAGGGAAGAAUUAGAUGUUUUUGUUAAAUUUGAGCCAUUAAAAGGGGCUAAGUGUUUGCGUACCUUCCUAUCUAUCUCUUUAGAACCAUAUUAUUGGAAAAUUGAAGGUGAUUGUGUAAGUAAAAAGGUUCUGCAUAAUUUGUUGCCAUCUCUAACAUGUUUACGGGUGUUGUCAUUGUCCUGUUAUGCGAAUGUCACUGAGUUACCUGAUUCCAUUAAAAAGCUCAUUCACUUGCGCUAUUUGGAUCUCUCCAAUACUGCAAUUGAAACGUUACCUAGUGUACUUUGCAGCCUCUACAAUUUGCAGACAUUAUUAUUGUCAAAUUGUUCCCGUCUCGUUGAAUUACCUACAGACUUGAGAAAAUUGAUAAAUUUACAGAAAUUGAUGUUGGGAGGUUGUGAUUCUCUUACUAAAUUGCCUGUAGACAUGUGGGAAUUAAUUAAUUUGCAUCAUCUUGACGUGAGUGGAACUAAAAUUGCAGAGAUGCCAAUGCAAAUGAGUACAUUGAAAAGCUUGAGAACAUUGUCCGCUUUUAUUGUGGGCAAAUCUACUGGGUCGACUAUUGGAGAAUUGGGGGAGCUUCCACAUCUUGGAGGAAAACUUUCAAUUUUGCAGCUAAGAAAUGUAGUUGAUGCUAGGGAUGCCUUGCAAGCAAAUUUGAAGGAUAAGAAAGAUCUCAAAGAGUUAGAGUUGGAAUGGGGUAAGGGGGAUGCGGAUGAUGCCCAAAAGGAGAAAGAUGUACUUGAGAAGCUCCAGCCUUGGGUGAAUCUGGAGAAACUAACCAUCAGUGGGUAUGGUGGAAAAGAUUUCCCGAAUUGGCUAGGCGGCUCAUCCUUGUCAAACAUACAAGUCAUGCGUAUUAGUGCUUGUAGUAAUUGUUCGUCGCUGCCACCGGUUGGGCGGCUACCUACCCUCAAAGAGCUCUGUAUUAUGAAAAUGAAACUUGUUAAGACGAUUGGUGUUGAGUUUUAUGGCAGCACUGGAUCUUCUGUAAUUCAGCCAUUUAAAUCACUGGAGAAGCUGGAGUUUUGGUUGAUGGAAGAGUGGGAGGAAUGGGUACCAAGUGGAAGUGGAGGUGUAGAUUUUCCAUGUCUCCAGGAGCUCAUACUAUACGAGUGUCCGAAGCUGAGAGGAAGCUUGCCUUGUGAUCUCCCUUGCUUGAAGAAGCUUUAG